UCAUAGAUAAACCAACCACUCAAGGACUAUAACAAGAGCAAUUAUUAGAAACACCUGCCAACAUCAUCCCCAGAUACGGCCCGACCCGGGACAAGCCCAAUUUGCAUAUACAGUGUGCUCACACAGCAAAGUCUCAGCUGAAAGUGGAGCCACAUUGGAUCCUUCAACUCAACAAAAUUUUCAGCUACUUGAGGGUAGGGGACCAGGGGUAGGGUGGGCUUUGUUUGGCACAUGUACCGAAUCCCACUUGGGUUGAUUGACAUUUUGAUGCCUAGUGUAUGAUGGGUUUAUGAGACGGAUUAGUUGAUCUUGUUGGUACUUGUAAUCUUUCCAAUGGCUGAUGAUUCUGGAAAGCAACCAAGGCACCGUAACCUUACCCCGUUGAGGAUGAUGAGGGGUAUUUUCUGUCUAAUUGUGUUAGUACUCUCUGCAUUUAUGGUGUUAAUUUAUUUUGGUUUUUGGGCUGCUAUUCCCUUGCGAACUAUCAGUGUCCAUUAUAGCAGAGUGGGAGUAUCCUUCUGUUUUGGAUGUUGGUUAGCUUUGUGGCCCUUUUGGUUUGAAAAAAUUAACAAAACCAAAGUGGUAAUCUCUGGAGAUUCUGUUCCAUCUGCGAAGCGAGUCUUGGUUAUUGCAAACCAUCGAACUGAGGUUGAUUGGAUGUACUUGUGGGAUCUUGCUUUGCGCAAAGGAUGUGUGGGUUCGCUUAGGUAUAUACUUAAGAGCAGUUUGAUGAAAUUGCCUGUGUUUGGUUGGGUUUUUCAUGUUAUGGAGUUCAUACCUGUUGAGAGAAAAUGGGAGGCGGAUGCAUUGAAGCUUCGUCAGAUGCUUUGCACAUAUAAAGAUCCUCAAGAUCCCCUAUGGCUUGUUGUUUUUCCAGAAGGCACUGAUUUCACAGAACAGAAGUGCAUUCGUAGUCAAAGAUAUGCUUCUGAAAAUGGGUUGCCUAUUCUGAAGAACGUACUUCUUCCCAAGACGAAGGGUUUUUAUGCCUGUUUGGAGGAACUGAGAGGUUCCUUGGAUGCAGUUUAUGACAUCACAAUUGGCUACAAGCAUAAUUGCCCUUCUUUUUUGGACAAUGCUUUUGGGGUUGAUCCAGCUGAAGUUCAUAUGCACGUCCGCUGUAUUGCUAUUGCGGAUAUACCAGAAUCUGAAUAUCAGGCUGCUUCAUGGUUGACGGAUACAUUCAGUGACAAGGAUAAAUUGUUGUCCGAUUUUCAUUCAGAAGGUCAUUUCCCUCGCGAAGGAAUAGAAAAUGAGCUGUCUACGGCCAAGUGUCUAGCAAACUUCAUCUUUGUGAUAACAUUGACUGUACUUUGUACAUAUCUAACGCUUUUCUCGUCCAUUUGGUUCAAGAUAUAUGUUUCCUCUGUAUGUGCAUUCUUGGCAACAGCUACAUUCUUCAAUAUUCGGCCUUCGCCCAUUGUAUCUUUAUGAAUGCAGUCGCCUUUUAAGAUUUUAUAUAAGCUAGCGUUAAUUUAGUACAA